AUGGCUUCCAACGGUGAUUUCUCCGACGAGGGAUCCCAACCCGGCUCACCUUUGCUCGACGCUCACAACGCUCGCGGAGAGAUCGAGGACCAGGAGCCCCUCGAUCAAGAGAAGCCUCUCAAGUCUGCCAUGAAGCGGGCUGAGCAUGCUCCUCAACCUAAGCGUCCAGAGCUUCCGGAGCAGCCUAACCCAGAAACUCUCGACCUCUCAACAUUGUCGCCUCUUUCGCCCGAGAUUAUCGCCCGUCAAGCUACUCAGAAUAUCGGCACGAUCGGUCACGUCGCUCACGGAAAAUCCACUGUGGUCAAGGCCAUUUCUGAGGUCCAGACCGUUCGUUUCAAGAACGAACUGGAGCGUAACAUUACCAUUAAGCUUGGUUACGCGAAUGCGAAGAUUUACAAGUGCGACAGCCCCGAAUGCCCCCGGCCCACAUGUUACAAGAGCUUCAAGAGCGAAAAAGAAGUCGAUCCGCCUUGUGAGCGCGAAGGAUGUAACGGCCGUUAUCAGUUGCUGCGUCAUGUCAGUUUCGUUGAUUGCCCUGGUCACGAUAUUCUGAUGAGCACCAUGCUUUCAGGAGCCGCGGUCAUGGAUGCCGCUCUUCUCUUGAUUGCCGGAAACGAAACCUGCCCCCAACCCCAGACCUCGGAGCACUUGGCCGCCAUUGAGAUCAUGAAGCUCAACCACAUCGUCAUUCUCCAAAAUAAGGUUGACCUCAUGCGGAGCGAUAAUGCCCUCGAGCACUAUCAGUCGAUUCUCAAAUUCAUCCGUGGUACUGUUGCUGAUGGAUCGCCCGUUAUCCCCAUUUCAGCACAGCUGAAGUACAACAUUGAUGCUGUCAAUGAGGCACUUGUUCACACAAUCCCCAUCCCUAUUCGCAACUUCGAGGCCACUCCUCACAUGAUGAUCAUUCGUUCCUUUGAUGUGAACAAGCCCGGUGCCGAGAUCGAUGAGCUCAAGGGUGGUGUUGCCGGUGGUUCCAUCCUUACCGGUGUCGUAAAGUUGAACGAUGAGAUCGAGAUCCGCCCCGGUCUCGUCACCAAGGACGAGCAGGGCAAGAUCCAGUGCCGUCCCAUUUUCUCCCGCAUCGUGUCUCUCUUCGCUGAGCACAACGAUCUCAAGUUUGCCGUGCCUGGUGGAUUGAUCGGUGUCGGUACCCGUGUCGACCCCACACUUUGCCGUGCCGAUCGUCUUGUCGGUUUCGUUCUUGGCCACCGUGGCCGUCUUCCCGCCAUCUACACCGAGAUCGAAGUCAACUAUUUCCUGCUCCGCCGCCUGCUCGGUGUCAAGACCGCCGACGGCAAGCAAGCCAAGGUCGCCAAGCUUGCUAAGAACGAAGUCCUGAUGGUCAACAUCGGUUCCACCGCUACUGGUGCUAAGGUCCUCGGUGUCAAGGCCGAUGCUGCCAAGCUCAGCUUGACCAGCCCCGCCUGUACCGAAGUCGGCGAAAAGAUCGCCAUCAGCCGCAGAAUCGAGAAGCACUGGCGUUUGAUUGGAUGGGCCAACAUUGUUGCUGGUAACACCCUCGAGCCUGUGCAGCAGUAA